CAUGUGUGUGAAACUUCCUAGUGCCUUACAUUACGCUAGCUAACUCUGCCUCUGGGAGCCAGUCGAGCGAGGGAACGCGCUACGGGCCGUAAAUAGACGAAAGCUGUUCAUUGUGCAGCGCUUCUGAUCGAUCCGGACCCAGCCCUACAUCGCUGCUUAACGUGUCGGCGCACAGACCAUGGACAUGCCUCCGCCGCCGCCGCGGGCGCCCCCAGCAGCCAAACCACAACAACCCGAGGACGACCUCUCCUGGGCGGUCACGCCGCCGCCGCCCUUCCACUCCUUGGAACACUUCAAGGACGGAUCAUUAGCCGGCACGACGACCCUCGACAAAAAAGUAAUCACCGUAGGCCGCGACGCGGACGCGGACCUGACGAUCCUCCACCCGACAGCUAGUAGAAGGCACGCAUCUCUGGUAAAUGGAGCGGACCGCCAGCUCUUCCUGGUUGCAAAAGACACGCGCUACGGGACGACGCUCAACGGCCAGACGUGUGCACCCGGUGCAAAGCUCAGACUUGAAAACGGCGCCCAGAUCCGCUUCGCGCUGUCGUCGAGAACGUACGUCGUGCGCCUCGCGACGGCCCGGGAUCCCUCACAAACGCCGCUCGCCGAGGCCGCGCUACCGACUUCCUUCGGCCGCCGCGAGAAGGUCGCACAGCCGAAGCCGGACAACCACCAAAAACGAAAAGCCGACGGCGACGCCGACGCCGCGCGCCAGGCCCUCGCGGAGCGGCGCGCGAAGCGCAAGGCCGAGAUCGACGCGAUGACGCGGGACAUGGUCUCGUCGACACCAUCGUAUAAUGCGCCCGUCGUCGCCGAAGAGGAACCGGUAGAGGAGGAGGAACCGGAAGAGGAGGCGACCGACGCCGACGCCGUCGCCGCGCUGACGAAGCGCUGGCAGCUGCCGGUGUCUCACGAGGCGCGGUUGCAGCCCGCCUCCAAGGCCGUCUCGGCCAUCGCGAGCGACCCGGCGGGCGGCCGCGUCAUCGUGGGUUCUCUAGACUACAAGGUGCGGUUAUAUGAUUUUGGUGGCAUGGACCGGAGGCAUCGGCCGUUCCGGGAAAUAGAGCCGGACGAAGGGCAUCCCAUCGUGGCAUUGUCGUACUCGCCGACGGGCGAUCGGUUUCUGUGCUGCACCGGGUCGGCGCAACCGAAGAUCUUCCAGAGGGACGGCCAGCACCUACUGACGUUCAAUAGGGGAGACCCGUACGUGACGGACAUGGCGCGGACGACGGGCCACGUGACGAUCGUGACGGGCGGCCAGUGGCACCCGCACGAGAAGAUGCAGUGCUUGACUUCUGGGAUGGAUGGGUCUUUGAGAAUAUGGGAUCUCUGUGGAAAGACCGGUCUGAGAGAUUUCCUGUUAUGUGACCAUACGAUACGAGUGAGAGACAAAGGAGCGAGAAAAGUAGCCGCCACGGCGUGUUGCUAUUCGCCCGACGGCCGAAAAGUCGCGUGCGGCGCCGCCGACGGCUCGGUGCAGAUUUGGCAGCUGAAGGGCCGAGCCCACAAUUACCUGCGGCCGGACGCGUGUGCGAGAACAGCACACAGACCGUCGACGGACGCUUCGGGAGCGGUCGUUUCUUGUGUCCAGUUCUCGCCCGACGGUCGUUCAAUAGCGUCGAGGGCGGACGACGGCUUCAUCAGAGUCUGGGACGUGCGCAAAUUGUCCAAGUCGCAACCGGUCUGCGAGUUCGCUGGGAUAGAGCCGCGCGGGCUGACGGCGAACCUGGCCUGGCGGCCCGACGGCGCCGUGCUGUGUGCCGGCGCCGCAGGUGCUUCUAAGAACGACCCCGGGCGCCUCAGUUUCUUCUCGGUCGGCGGUGAUGCCCACGAGGUGCAUAGAGAUGCGGGCGGCUACCGUCCUUUGGUCUCGUUAGGAGGGUGCGCGAAAGGCGCUGACGUUUGUGUAUUAUGGCACGAGCGCAUAAGACACGUCUUCGUGGGCGGUUCUGAUGGAUCUGUGAGAGCAUUAUAUGAUCCAGCAUUGUCGAAGAACGGCGCCUUACUCAGUGUAAAGCGCGACCACGCGCCGCGCAAGUUCUUGACGAGCGACACGUCGCACGUCGACGCUUCGUCAAUAGUGAAUCCCAAUGCUUUGCCGAUGUACCGCAACGACGACGCGUUUCGAUCUAGAGGCCGCUACGCGAAGACGCGCAACUCGCAGACGCUGUCCAAGAAGCCGGACCCGCCGCUGGCGCAGGGCCAGCAGGGCCGCAACGAGGGCGCGCGCACGACGUUCUGCCAGACGUUCCUCGAGAACGAGCUCGCGCAGGGGCCCGGCAACAUCCGCAACGAGGACCCGCGCGAGGCGCUGCUCAAGUACGCGAACGAGGAACCCAUAUUUAGGACGAAUGCGACGUUCUACCGGGAUAGUGGAGGCGCGCGGCGCGACCUCGCGCAAGACACGCUCGAGGCGGCCGAAUCCAAAUUCGUCGAGGACCAGAAGCAGCUCAUGGACCGGAACCCAUCUCGUGUGAUUCGGGACGCACGGAAGAAGCCUGAUGGGAAGCAGGGGGGGAGCUAGGACUUUCCUUGUCAAUGUCUACUCACACCGGGGCGCGCCCGGCUCUCCGCGUUUAGGAACCCCCGCGCGAUAGCUGCGGACACCAAACAAUGCUUACAAACUUGAACCGUGACACGCGCG